AGAAGAAAUCUCUCCUGACAUCCGACAUACAUAUCUAUAUUAAUGCCAUAUCAGAAACUGGAAUUGAGCCAGUUACCUAACGUUACCUGCUGUAAAUGACACACUUGUAGUGCUUACUGUAUUAGUCUGUGACCGGACAUUCACCCCGAUAAAUCAUGUGACAGAGAUGCCAAACAGAGGCACUCCAGGUGAAAACGGCUGAAAUCUCUAUGAUAAAAUAUUUGAAAAAAGAUGUAUAUUAAAGAGGAGACUGAAGACACGAGUUGUCCAGAUCAAAGUACAACGAAAAAUGAAGAUGCUGAUGAACAAAGAGUCCUGAUAGAAGUGAAAGAAGGACGUGAAGAACUGAAUGAAGUAGAGGAGAAACACCAGCAUCAGACGCCUCAUUGUUUCAUAACUGCAGAAAGAUCUUUCAGUGACUCUCAGACUAAAAAGAAGUCACGCAAAAGGAAAACCUUCACCUGCCCUCGAUGCGUGAAGACUUUCACACGUAAAGGAAACCUGCUGAUUCACAUCAGAAUUCACGCCGGAGAGAGUCCUUUCUCAUGUUUCCAGUGUGGGAAGGGUUUCACGCAGAAAGGAAGUCUUAAGAGACACCUGAGAAUCCACAGCGGAGAGAAACCCUUCACCUGCCUUCAGUGUGGGAAGAGUUUCACAGAGACGGGAAGCUUGAAGAGACACACAUGAGUUCACUCGGGAGAGAAGCCCUUCACGUGCUGUGAGUGUAGCAGGAGUUUCACACAAGCAGUCGGUCUGAAAGCCCAUCUGUGUCCUUGCUCUGGAGUCAGAUCAUUUAACUGUGAUCAGUGUGGAACAAACUUCACCUCAGCAUCGGUGCUAAAAACACACCUGAGGAUCCAUGUGAAGAAGAGCAGCAGAGAAGCGCUGCUGUGAGAUCUCACGUGUGCUUCGAGUGUGGGAGAGCCUUUUCUAAAACCUACGACCUGGAGCGACA